AUGAUCAAUGUACCUUCACACACAGAGCUCACACUACCCAUGAUCAAUGUACCUUCACACACAGAGCUCACACUACCCAUGAUCAAUGUACCUUCACACACAGACCUCACACUACCCAUGAUCAAUGUACCUUCACACACAGAGCUCACACUACCCAUGAUCAAUGUACCUUCACACACAGAGCUCACACUACCCAUGAUCAAUGUACCUUCACACACAGAGCUCACACUAUGCAUGAUCAAUGUACCUUCACACACAGAGCUCACACUACGCAUGAUCAAUGUACCUUCACACACAGAGCUCACACUACCCAUGAUCAAUGUACCUUCACACACAGAGCUCACACUACCCAUGAUCAAUGUACCUUCACACACAGAGCUCACACUAUGCAUGAUCAAUGUACCUUCACACACAGAGCUCACACUACCCAUGAUCAAUGUACCUUCACACACAGAGCUCACACUACCCAUGAUCAAUGUACCUUCACACACAGAGCUCACACUACCCAUGAUCAAUGUACCUUCACACACAGAGCUCACACUACCCAUGAUCAAUGUACCUUCACACACAGAGCUCACACUACCCAUGAUCAAUGUACCUUCACACACAGAGCUCACACUACCCAUGAUCAAUGUACCUUCACACACAGAGCUCACACUACCCAUGAUCAAUGUACCUUCACACACAGAGCUCACACUAUGCAUGAUUUGGCACUUGAGCGCUAACUUAAUGCCCUCCUUCAAAAAUUAUUCUGACCACGGAAAAUCUAUCACAAAGGGUUCACCAAUUACGAGAGAUCAGCAAGACAUGUGA